AAUCAACUCAACACAAUGAGCCAUCAGUCGAAAUAUCGCAAAACCUACAACAACAACGGGUCCAAUCCACCGUCAAGAAUGGCGAGAUAUGGCGUCUCGAAAGAUAGCCCAGUGGGUGUCGCCGUCGGGGUAGGACCCAUCGGCGUCGGGCAUUCCAUAUUGUCUCAGUGUAACACAAGUCAUCACCACCAACACCAUCACAUAGCGGCUACGCACCCUCCGAAUGCGCAACCAGGACACAAUCAUCACAGCGUGCAUCAUCCGGUGCACCACCAGCAGCAGCAGCCCCCGCUGCCAUCGCCGGGCGGUCCGCAUCACCCGUUGGCGCUCAAUCUCAACCAGAUCCAACAUCAUCAGCAACAACAACAAGCGCAAACGCAACAUCAGCAAUUGCAGCCUCAGUUCCGAGUAAUCACCGCCAAUGCCAGAUCAGAUUUUCAUGUACCUGGACAAAAUUACGGCGCCCAACCAGGGGCCCAGGUGGGUGCAGGAGGGGGUAGUGUAGGAGUUCCUGGGGGCAGAGGUCCGCCACUUGGCGGUAUACAGACGAUAGGACAAUCGGCAGCAGGUAUACCGCCAGGAGGCCCUGCUGGGGGACAGGCACCUUCGCAAGCCCCUGCGCCUGGGGUCCAAUCACAACCACCGCAAGGACCCGCUCCAACAACGACGCCCCCUGUACACACGCAACCCCAGGAAAUGGGCAAACAGGCCCAUUUGCAAACGCAGCCGCCGUCAUUGCCGCAAGUGUACGUGCAGACACAGACGAGACCGACUAACCAAAACGCAUUUUUUAUGGAUACCUCGCAGGGCUAUUAUCCUCCAAGACCGCAACAACCAAGAGGUCUUAACCAUCGAGGAGGCCAAGGUGCCAGCGGCACACCAGUAGUCGGGAUGGCUAGCGUAGGUGGAGGUGGGGGACAACCGACUGCCAUAUAUCCGCAUCCAGCCAGUUUGACGGUGCAAGCUGGCACGAUGUAUGUGCAAGGUCAGGUUCCCGGGUUGCACACGCCACACCAGCAAUCCGUGUACCCCAUGAACAACCAAUUGCCUCUACAGUUUCCUGGUCCACCUCAGCGACAUCAGGCUCAUCAAAACCAGUCAUAUUAUCAAUUCCAGCAUGCACCACUCUUAACACCGUCAAAUGUGUUCGGAUAUGCUCAUGCGCCGAGUCACCAGCCUGCCGGAUAUUAUUAUUCACCAUCAAACACGAUGAGUUUGACCAGAGCAAGUGCAAGUGCUGUGAGUGGUGGAGCGCAGCAUGUCGCUGGACCAUUGACUGGUGGCCAGGGUGCUCCAGUCGUGCCGCAAGGCACACUGCAGCAGCCUGCUCAGCAGACGCAGGCCUUGCCUCCCAUGGGUAUACCUCUUACGCAGACUGACGUUUAUGCAGCCCACAACGGUGGUCCAACAAACGCUACUAAUAGCACCACAAGAUCUCGGAAACCGAGAGGACAGAAUGCGAUUUUGGACAUAGUGAAUCCAUUGACCGGCAAGAAUAUAAGCGAUGAAAUUUACAAAGAUAACGAAACUACACAAAGUGGUGAAUCUAGUAAUCGUGAGACGCCACAGCCACAGAAUAAUGGUGCGGAGGUGAUAGCCGAUUUUGCGGCUCGCGUCGCGAAAGCCGCGACCGAGGAGUCCGACUCAGGCUCAACGGUAUCGGCGAACGCGUCCGAUACUACGUCCGCCAAUACGUCUCAAACGUCGACGGCGCAAAGUUUAUCAAACGUCCAAAAUAAUUCCAGUAACGGCGCGAAUAGUCAAUAUAAUGCCAGUUCACCUUCGUCUACGCAAAACGUAGCUGGCGGUGUUGUAUCUGCGAUAAAUAGUCAAUCGUUAGGUACUAGUAGCAAGGCGCAAGUAGACUCUACCGUGACUAAAGCGGAGUCGAAACCACUGCAACUCCCUUCGAAAGAGUUCCAGCCUAGGAGCGAAGUAAAAAAUACGACGAUCGAGGAAUCGUCAGUCGUCGUUCCAACGGUGGUCGCUGUCGCGAGCAAGGAUACUGUUCCCGCGUCAACCGCUAAUGCCGGAACAGUAACGGCAACGGCGGCGGCCACAACGGCGACGACUAUAACGUCGGCAGUCGCCGAGACCCAGCCUGAGGCUGUUGGGUCCGGCCCGGCACCUAUUACGAGCUCCGAAGUGGCCAAGGGCAGCGCUAACACUUCGCCUCAUGUAACACAGACGGCAGUUACAACUUCACAUUGGAACGUACCGAGCGUGAACGUUGGCCAAGACAUCGCUAAACCGUCCGCCACUGCCCCGAGUGCUAACCCCGUUCCUGCCCGAGAACCGUUUCCCAAUCUGUCCGCCAAGAACACGUCGAAUUCGCCGCCGAGGAGGAAAUCGCAGAACCACGCUCACAGUCAGCCUAACGCUACCGAGCUGCCUUCGAGUGCCAAAGAGCAGAAGGGCGACAGAAAAACCCGGGAGAAGAGUCUGAGUUCGCGAGGUGGUGCUGCUUCUUCCACGCCCGUUCACAAUCAGCAGACGGACCAUCAUCACCAGAAAGCGAAUGGCGACGCGGUUGGCCAGAAAGCCGAGACGGAGAACCUCCCCAGGAACGAGGUCCAGCAGAAACCGGCCGACAGUAAAGCUGUACAAAAGCAAAAGAGCAAGAACAAGCUGAAACCUCGCGAACUGAAUCGCAAGGGAGCCGAGAAGGAAGGCACGGACAUGGACGCGUUUGUAAAUACAGCACCAGCACCGAAGACUGCCGAGAUCAAGCAGGACAACAAGGAGUCGCAGUCCGUCCCGGUUGCUCCGAAGGACAGUAAUAAAGAAUCCGUCAGGGAGAUCAAGGACAUGAAGGAGAAGGAUAAUUACGAGUCGAAGAAGGAGAAGGAGAUCUUGGCCGUGUCAAAAAACGAGAAGCACGAGCUCGUCGAGGUGUCGAAGGAAAGCACUCCUGUGCAACAGGCGCCGUCUCCUCCCGUCGUUGACAAGCUGCCGAUUAGCAAGGAAACCUCUAAGGAAACCACCCCUCCGAAGAUAGGGGAUAACGCGAAGCCACCAAUUAGCAAUGUGUGCAAUACGCAACAACCGAAAGCAACGGUGGCGGCAGCGCCGGUAAUUCCAGCAGUGGUUCCCAACGACGUUGUUGAUCACGCCAAGAUCAAGGAGGACAUCAACCUGGAGAUCCUGGUCGCGCAGAAGAACGAGGAGAACUCCAAGGUGUCGGCGUUGAGCAUGCCCAACGAGGAGGAGGAGAAACUGACGGCGGCAACAGUGGAAGCUGCGAAGCAAGACGUCGAAACAAAAGAUGCCUUGACGGAGACCGUGCCUAAAGCACCGGUGCUCAAGUAUACGUAUAAGGAGGAUCAAUGGAGUCCGAUCAAUACAGGCGGAAAGAAGAUGUACGACAGAGACUUUCUCAUGAGAUUGCAGUUUGAUCCCAAUAGCAAGAUCAAACCGCCCAAUCUACCAGACCUGGAGAUCGUUCUUAAGGAUUCUAGAGUACGUCUUAGCACUAUGACGGAUUUAAGACCGUUUGCUCAAGUGCACUUGAACAGGCAUGAUGCGUUGAUGCCCGGGUUUGCGAAGACUAAUGCAAAUUCUCGUUUGCCACCCACAAGUCGUAAUAAGAGUCAUCCAGGAGGGAAAUCGAGCAAACCGGCUAAGCCAAACGUUAUACAGUACUCGUUAUCAGUUAAGGAAGACGUGCAAUUAAAAAGAAUCAACAAUGCUUGGGUCCCGCUAAGAGUUCAGACUGCGAAUAUGUCGACAGAUCAAGUUAAGUCAUUUAAUAUUGUCAACGGCGUUCGCGGCGUGUUGAACAAGCUCACUCCGGAAAAGUUCGGAAGGUUGAUGGAACUUAUCAAGGAACUCGAAAUCGAUACGCCCGCACGGCUACAGGACGUCAUCGGCCUGGUGUUUGAGAAAGCUGUCGACGAACCCUGCUACUCUGUUGAGUAUGCACAGUUGUGCAGAGAAUUGGGUCCGUUGGAAGUUAAGGUGCCUGACCUUGAUGGUGAAGUUAUUACAUUCAAGAAACUCAUCAUCACACGUUGCCAGAAAGAGUUUGAGAAAAAUCCCAACGACGACAUUAUGAGAAACAAAGCACUUAAAGAAAUUGAUGAGUGCAGAGAUCCCAAUCUCAAGAAGGAAAUGAAAUUGUCAUUCGAAGAUAAGGAACGUAGACAACGUGUAAAAGCUGUAGGAAAUGUUCGAUUCAUCGGAGAGCUAUACAGAGCAUCGAUAUUGACCACCAAAAUCAUGCAUCGCUGCAUUAAACAACUAUUGCAGCUAAAUUCCGAAGAAAGCAUGGAGUGCCUGUGCAAGUUAUUCGAAACGAUAGGUCCAGAUAUAGAAGAUAGACCUGGCGAGGACAUCAACGAAUACUUCAACAGGAUGCAGGAGAUUGUUUCUCGAAAGGGACAAAAUCUCCCUAAGAUCAACUCCAGGGUACGUUUUAUGAUACAAGAUGUCAUAGAACUACGAGACAGGGCGUGGAAAAAAAGGAGGGAAGUAGAGAGCAGCCCCAAGACGAUAGAUGAAAUCACCAAGGAGGCAGAGUCUGAGAAAUUAGAUUCACAGCUCAACAGUGCUCUGCUGAACACUCCACGAAAAGACGAUCGGAACAACGACAAGAAGAAAAAUCGUGGAGGACUUGGUCCUACAGAUGAUGGCUGGAGCCAACCUGUAGGUAGAAUGAGGCCUGCGACCUACUCAGUUGAAACAGCAAAACUGAAGAAUAAACCACCGCCCAUGGACGAUAUGCAACUUGGUAGUCGAAAUGCUUAUCUGUGGGCGAAAAAUCCAGUUAUGGGCGCCAAUAAGACAAUAAGUGCAAAUAAGUUUGCAUGUCUCGAGAAUAUGUCUACCAACUUCGACCAGGACAAGAGGAUGCCACUGCCACUUUCUGGAUCAAGAUCGACGGGUCCAUGUGGCCGUGACUACAAGAGUUCCUAUGAUGGUAGGAAUUCCCGUAACGGUAGUCACCAAAUGAGUGGCGCAUCAUCGAGUCGAGGUGGCAGCUCAUUACUGGAUAGUUCGCGCAGCCAGAGCAUGUCGAUGCCUUCGCCUAUAAUGAAGUCUGCUUCACAAUCUGGCACAAUUAGUCAUAAACCUCCGAUGUCGGAGCAUGACUUCACGAAGGCGUUGAAUUCCACGUUGCGACACUAUCUUGAAGAGCCAAUCGUCAAGAAUACAGCGCUAGAGGUUAAAGAGAAGUUCGAUAGUUCCUCCUUUAGCAAAUUCACCCUGGAGUGUAUGAACCAUGUUUUUGAGAAGACAGCUACCGAUCGUGAAAACGUUUCUAAGCUUAUGUCCCAUUUGAUUAAGGAAAAAAUCUUACCUCUGCAAUAUUUUAAGAGUGGGUUAGAAGAAGUGUUGCAGAUAGUAGACGAUUUGGUCAUCGAUUUACCCAAAAUUUGGACUUACCUAGGCGAGAUAUUGUCAUAUUCGAUAAAGGAAGAAGCUAUUCCAUUAUCCGAGAUGAAAAGCAUAUUUCUAAGCUUGAAAGCGAACGGGUGCGUAGGUAAACUUUUCGGAGAACUUAUGGUGAAAGUAUCUCAAAGCAAAGGAUCUAAAUGGGUUGCCGAUAAAUGGGACCAAAGUGGACUACAAUUGAGUAAUUUGCUCGACCCGGAAAUGGAGGAUGCGGAUAAGAUCAUCAAGGAUUACCAUUUGGAGUUCCUAACUGGUGAUUGUAAUAGUGCCAAAAGUUCCACCGCUGCUAAUAGUAACCAACUCAAUUUGGUGCAAAUCCAAGAAAAUCUCAGAAGGCUCAUGAAAGAGAAUACUUCCUUCGACGAUAUUUGUAGUUGGAUAAACGAAAAUGUUUAUACUAGAGUUAAGGAUCCCAAGUUUAUAAGAAGUUUAAUGACUGCCAUUUUAGAGACGUCAGUAGAACCCAUACACGAUACAUGGAGACUCAACCAAGAUAUUUUUAUAACCUUGCAAACGCUGAUCCAGCGUUAUGUCGAUGCCGACGAGAUGUUAGAAUUGCAAUGUCUUUAUGCAAUUCAAUCGUAUAUGACGAAGCUCGAAUAUCCGUCUGGUCUCCUCAUCACUAUUAUAAACCGACUAUGGCUGGACAAUGUGAUAUCGAGUGACGCGUUUUUGACUUGGCAUAACGUCAAGGAUCCAGCGGAACGUGAGGGACAUGCCGUGGCGAUGGUCGCUCUCACGUCAUUCUUCACUGACUUACUGGAGCCCGAUGAUAACUCGAGCAUCGAGGAAUUAUCGCCCAAAGCGGACCGGGGUUGCUGUUGACGAUACUGUGAUCGAUUACAUUAUCGUCUAUUUAUAAAAGACUCGAAUACAUGUUUCCUCCGUUAAAUGGACACAUACAACGUGCUAAGUGAAAUCAAAUUGCAGUUGUGUUUUUUUUUUCACAAACCAGAAACACCCCAAGUAAAAUUAAAAACAAAGACACAAUAAAUAUUGGUAAAGUGAUGCUUGCGGGUGUGUGUAAUAUAGCCUAGGACCUUUUACAUAGGACGCGAAGUGAACAGAAGAAAUGGGACACUCAUUGAUAAUAUACAUAAUGAAGAUAAACUUUAACUUAAAUAUUAAUUAUUACAGAAAUAAUGCGGGAUAAUUAUUAUACAUAAUUAAAUGAGAAAUGGUUUAAAGUUGAAAUAAAGCAAAAAAAAAUUCGAGAAUAUUAUCGUAUUUCUUAUGUAUAUGCAAAGUGUCUCUGCAGCGCGCGUUAGGUCGAUCGCUCAAUAGGACUGGUACGUACGUCUUUUUUUCCAUGCUUGGAAUCGGGAAGACUCGAAGCUGCUUCCAAUUAUAAUACGCUAUAACACGGAUCACAACCGAAGUGCUUGUUACACGAUUUAGAUAACGAAUUGCAGAUCGUCUGAUUAAGUAGGGUCAAUUUUACAUGGAUUACAUUCGGAAAGUAAGAAGAUUAAAGGAAUUACCGAGGAUUACCAAGGAUUACACAGAGAAUUACAGAGAAUAACCAAGUCUGACACUGACAGCGAGACAGAUCUUCCUAUUACUGUAACGGAAUUACUAAUUUAUAUCUUUACAAAUAAGAACUUAUAAUGUAUUAUAAGAAAGGACAUUUACAUGUGAAACAUGAAGAGAUGGUAAAAAGUGAAGCGAAAAAUGGUAUAUAUUGCGGAAAUACGAUCUGUACUGUAGAAUACGUUGAAGUUAGAAAACGAAAGAAUACAAAUGGUGUGCAUAUUAAGGUACUAUUUUUUAACACUAGCUAUUUAUAAUCACAGAGUGAGUGGAUGUAUGAACGUGUACGGAUGUGUGCGCGUGUGAGAAAAAGAGAGAGAGAGAGAGAAGAAAAGGAAAGAAAGAAAAGUGAGCUAGCUGAGCACAAUGCGUGGGAACCUUUGGAUGUAUCCACGUGGCAGAUACUGUAGUGAAUUGUAUAAAAUUGUUAUUAAACUGAUUUAAGGUACAGCGUGAACUCAACUUUGUUUCAAGCGUGCUCGCGUGGAAGAAAAAACAAAUCGAUGAGCAUAGAGAUUAAUUUCAGUAUGUGUGUUAGGUAUGAGAGAGAGAGAGAGAGAAAGAGAGAACAUUUAUAUUUAUCCGGCACACACACACAUACCUAUCGCUAUUUAGCGUCCCACGAUUGGUCGUACCUACAUAAAGGUAUCUUAAACAUUUCUUUGGGAAAUGGCAACUAUUUUCCGAAAGUAUCGACACGUAUAGGUUUACUUUAUAAAAACAAAAAAAAUUUAUACCGGGAGUUCUUUUGCUUCGAUUUCUUCUUUCCUAAAAUGAUCGGAAUCGUGGAUCGACAAUUUUCGAAAUAGGACACAUGUAACAAAAUUAAUUACGGAUUUAUUGAAAAAAAAAAAUUACUCGAAAUUUAGAUACAUAUAGCUGUGGAUAUUGUAUAUAUAAAUAUAUUAUUAUUAUUUGAAGUAAACUAACGAUCUGCAA